GUCGACGAGCGGCUGGCGCGCUGCGGAACCCCGACCGCCGACGCGCAAAAGCUGCAGAACUGCCGCAUCUGGCGGGACAGGCUCAUUACCCUCAAGGAGGCGUACGACCAGGAGACGCCAACCGACUUUCGCCAGUGGUGGCGUAAUGCCUCCUAG